GAUAGUGAGCAGGAGGUCAAAAGAACCGUUAAAUCUGCGUCUUUAAGACGCUUAUAAACAAAGAGCACCUGUCAGAGCAUAAUUAUCUGCAUUUCUAGAGCAAUUUGGUCUUAAAAAUGUAAUAAUAUGAAGUCAACUGAUUAACCUCCAUUACAGUUGAACUAGAAGUAGAAUUGAGAAGGUUUAGAUAUGAGUACCUCCUUUUAACCAAUUGCUGGUGUGAAGAAUGUUAAUUUUUACAACAGAAGACAACAGAUGAGAUCAUGGACAAUACAGUGACUAAAAGAAAAGAUGGAUGUGUAGAUUGUGAGUCUGCUACACUGAAGAAGGCUCGACAUUCAUGGCAGGUGAAGAGAAGUAACAGAGAAGACAUCUCUAGUGUUACUGACGUUGUAAUCUGUGACAAUAUCUCAUCAUGUCAACAUUGUAAUUUAAGGGGAGAUAAAUCUCUUUGUGAGUGUAACCCAGAUGUCAAAUUCAAUAAACCUGCAGAGAUUUCUGAAAAAGACAUGGACUGUUCAUCAUCAAAUAUGAUGGCUCCUACAUUUGUUAGACAUGAGUCUCAAAUAAACCAGGUAAAAAAGUAUGACUAUUCCGACCAAAAAUCUGAAGGAACAACCAGCACACCAUAUUUACAGAACACAGUCUCAUCAGCAAUACCAGACUAUUGUAGCAGUAUUCAUAACUUUUCUAGAACAAGUAGUCCAGUUAGUUCAAGUGGUAAUUUUAGUUUUGAUGGGCAGCAGAUUCAUCAAGAUAUGCAAAAGGAGGACGGUAGAACUUCUGUUUCAACAAAUCUCUCUAACAGAACAAGCAUACUGGCUCUCCCAUCUAGUAGUACUGUUGAUCCAGAAAUAGAAGAGGAAGGAUUAUUGAUAUCACAUCGUCAACGUGAAGAAGAACUCAACUUGUAUCUUAAACGAUGGCAAAAUCAACACAUUGCAAAAUCUAUCGUAGACAAUGCUAUUAAUAAAACACUUGAAGAAAUGGGGGUGUCACCAGAACCACAACAAUUUGUAACAAAUUUAAUAGAAAGUCAAGGAAUUUCUGAAGCUAUUAAAUUACAGGGACUGAUUCCCCAGUCACAAUGCAAUCAUUUAGGUCCAGUAGAAGUUUUAUCUAAUUUUGCCGAGUCAAACACUUAUUUUAUGUCAUUAUCAAAUCAACAAAUAUCUAACAACAUAUCAGAUGUCGGUUUAAAUGCAGGUACAUCCACAACAAACCAUGACAUAUUGGAUCAUGCUGUUUCUGUUGCUAUUGGCUCCAAGGGACUCAUAUUUCAUGACCCAGGAAAAUAAUUAUACUGGAGUAAUAGUACAGUCAAAGUAUUAUAUUGAAAUGAAAUAUGUAUAAUGUACUGAUGGCAAGGAGAUUUUUUUAUUGAAACAACAUUGUAUGAUCAUGAAUUUAACCCUGUAUUAUGUAUAUAAGCCUUUUACAUAAACUUUGUACAUGUACUCUUGCCAAGUUAACUCUACAAGAAUACUUAAGAAGUUUUGUAAAUUUAAUUAAUGAAUAUCUUUAAAAUCUCAAAUCUUGAUGUCUUGCUUUAAAACCUCACUUAUCAUGAACUUUAUUUUUGAAGCUAAAAUUAUUGAAACAAAGUAAUUGUAAAUUUUGAGAAAAAGGGCUUUGGUUUUAUAAAGUGUAAAUAGCUUGCAUCCUCAUUCUUUAGCUUAAAACUUAUUAAUAUUCUCUUUAAAUUUUAAGUAUAAUGCUAAAUUUCUUUACACCAGGUAGUGCCUGGGUGUAAAAUGUCAAUAGAUUGUGCCUAUCCCAGGCAGUAUAAUCUUUAAUUAUUAGAAGAAGGCAGCUUUGCAUAAUAACUUAUAUAUAUUGUUUCAUUUACCAGUUAUAAACUGAUUUUUAGCUCACCUGGCCCUUCAAGUGAGCUUUUCUCAUCCAUUGGCAUCCGUCUUCAUCCCUUAACUUUUACAAAGAUCUUCUUCUCUGAAACUACUGAGUCAAGUUAAACCAAACUUGGUCUAAUCAUCCUUAGGGUAUCUAGUUUUAAAAAUGUAUCUGACAACCCUGCCUAGAUGGCUGCCAUGACUGUAAAUAUAACAUGGGAGUAAAAUGCAGUUUUGAGGAUAUAUCAUUGAAACUAAAGCACUUAGAGCAAAUUCGAAAAAGAAAAAAUGUUCAUCAGGUCAAGAUCUACCUGCCCUGAUCUAAUCAGACAACUCUUUGUUGGGUUGAUGCCUCUGAAUUGGUAAUUUUGAGGAAAAUUUUGCAUUUUUAUAUAUUAUCUUGGAUAUAAUAUAUUAGAUGCAGAUUAACUGUAAAGCAAAAUUGUUCAGCAAAGUAAGAUCUACAUGACCAAAAUGGUCAGUUGACCCCAUAAGGAGUUAUUGUCCUUUAAAGUCAUCUUUUACAAUUUUUCGUUAAUUAAUUUAAUCUUUUACAAAAAUCUUUUCCGCUGAAACUGCUGGGUCAAAUCAUUAUAGAAAGAGAUAACUGUAAACACCAAGAAUGUUCAUGAUCAGUAAAGUAAGAUCUACAAAUAAGUAAACAUGAUCAAAAUUGUCAAUUGACCCUAAAGACUGCAGCACAUAGAUCAAGGUGAGCCACACAGGCUCUUGAGAGCCUCUAGGUGUUUUGUUUUCAUUUUGCUAACAUGAAUAUACACACAUUAUCAUUCAAACCAACUGUCACUUUCUUACUUAAUAAGUUGUAAAAAUAUGUAAAAUAUACUUGUAAUGUUAUGAAGUGCCAUUCUUAUAAUAAAAUGUACAUAUACAAGCAUGAUACUAUGACAUUUUAGCAUAUUUCUAUAUUGACAGUAUAUUUAAAGCAUAAUAUUUGUAAUCAGCUUUCAGUAGAAUAGUACUAGUUUCUUACAAGAACUUUUUACCAAGAAUGUGACUCGUCAAUGAAAUAAUACUAGUAUAUAGAUUUAAAUUUCAAAACUAGUUAAUAAUACAUGUAUGAACAGUGAUAUUUCAAGGGCAACAUGUUGGGGUGUUGAAAUUAUCUUUUCAAUCAUGUAUUAGUUCUUAAUAAAAUAAAAUAUCUAAACAUUA